UACGACUAUCGUCGGAGGGGCCCGACCAUCGACGAAGAACAGGAGGAUCCAGCCACCCCAAAAAACUGAUACGACCCUCCUCGUUCGAUCCAACUCGAUCAUCCAAUCGAAUUCGAAGCGGGUGUGCAGUGACAAGUUUCUCUUUCCAUACGAGGUGAAUCUCGAGUCCAAUUUUCUUCCUCUUCGUACAGUGAAGUAAAAAAGUGACCGAAAGAUCGCGAAGUUCGAAGGAGCGCUUGCGCAGGUGCCGUCGAGGGCGGGAGGCAGCCAGCAGUCAGUAGUAGUGGUUGAUCAUUGCUGCACCACCGGAGGUUAGGACGUCGUCGGCACCGUGGUCGUCGUCGUCGUUGUUGUGGUCGUGGUCGAAACGUAUACCGGGCCAACAGUGUCACCGGAGGGAGAAACAUGUCGAACCGUGAUCGUGUGUGACUAUCGACCCCAUUCACUACGAGGCUGGCUAACGCGAUAACGAGAGCUGACAUCGCGGAGGAAACAUUGCAAGAGGGAGGCGGUGAACGGGCUCGUCCAGGUUACGUGAAAACGUACCGACGGGAUGGCUGACAGCGAGGGUGGUUCCGAGCAGGAUGACGUAUCGUUCCUCCGCACGGAGGACAUGGUGUGUCUCUCCUGCACCGCAACUGGUGAAAGAGUUUGCCUCGCGGCUGAAGGUUUUGGUAAUCGACACUGCUUUCUCGAAAACAUCGCAGAUAAGAAUAUUCCACCGGAUCUGUCGCAAUGCGUAUUCGUAAUAGAACAAGCUCUCUCGGUGAGAGCUUUACAAGAGUUGGUUACUGCUGCUGGUUCCGAGACGCAGCAAGAAACUGUAGGAAAAGGUACAGGAUCCGGACACAGAACGUUACUUUACGGUAACGCUAUUCUGUUGAGGCAUCAGAACAGCGAUAUGUAUUUGGCGUGUUUAUCGACCAGCUCAUCCAACGACAAGUUGGCUUUCGACGUGGGUCUGCAACAGCAUUCUCAAGGGGAGGCUUGCUGGUGGACGGUUCAUCCUGCAUCGAAACAGAGAUCAGAGGGUGAGAAGGUUCGAGUCGGUGACGAUCUUAUCUUGGUAUCUGUAGCCACUGAAAGAUACUUGCACACCACGAAAGAAAACGACUUGUCGGUAGUGAACGCCUCGUUUCACGUAACACACUGGUCAGUGCAACCCUACGGUACUGGAAUUAGUCGAAUGAAAUACGUCGGUUAUGUAUUCGGCGGUGAUGUACUGCGAUUUUUCCACGGUGGCGACGAAUGCCUCACUAUACCGUCCACGUGGAGCACGGCGCCAAGUCAAAAUAUAGUGAUCUACGAGGGUGGCAGCGUAAUGAGUCAGGCGCGAUCAUUAUGGAGACUGGAAUUAGCUAGGACAAAAUGGGCAGGCGGAUUUAUCAACUGGCUGCACCCGAUGAGGAUCAGACACUUGACCACGGGACGUUACCUUGGCGUGAAAGAGAACAAUGAACUGUACCUGGUCGAUAGGAACGAGGCAACGAUCGAGACGUCAACGUUCUGGCUACGACAAGAGAAAGAUGACCAGAAAAUCGUUCUCGAAGACAAGGACCUCGAAGUUAUCGGUAUGCCAAUUAUCAAGUACGGUGACUCUACCGUCAUCAUGCAACAUGCGACUACUUGUCUCUGGGUCUCGUACAAGUCGUACGAAACGAAGAAGAAGGGCGUAGGUAAAGUAGAAGAGAAACAAGCGGUCCUGCACGAGGAAGGUAAAAUGGACGACGGUUUGGACUUCUCCCGCUCGCAAGAGGAAGAAUCCCGCACAGCUCGCGUGAUUCGAAAGUGUAGCAGUUUGUUCACCCAAUUCAUCACAGGCCUAGAGACGCUGCAAGUAGAUAGAAGAGCGUCUAUGUUCUUCCAAAAUGUGAAUCUGAACGAAAUGGUGAUGUGUCUGGAAGACUUGAUUAAUUAUUUUGCUCAGCCUGAAGACGACAUGGAACACGAGGAGAAACAAAAUAGAUUCCGAGCUCUGAGAAAUCGUCAGGAUCUGUUCCAAGAGGAAGGCAUACUGAAUCUGAUCCUGGAGGCCAUCGACAAGAUUAACGUCAUCACGUCGCAGGGAUUUCUGGUGGCACUUUCGGGGGACGAGAGCGGCCAAGCGUGGGACCAAAUUUCCGGAUACUUGUAUCAAUUACUGGCAGCCAUCAUUAAAGGAAACCAUACCAACUGCGCGCAAUUCGCUAACAGCAAUCGGCUGAAUUGGCUGUUCAGUCGAUUGGGUUCGCAAGCUUCCAGCGAAGGCACCGGAAUGUUGGAUGUACUUCAUUGCGUGCUCAUCGAUUCUCCCGAAGCUUUAAACAUGAUGAGAGACGAACACAUUAAAGUCAUAAUUUCGUUGCUGGAAAAACACGGGAGGGACCCGAAAGUGUUGGACGUUCUCUGCUCCCUCUGCGUGGGUAACGGCGUGGCGGUUCGUUCUUCCCAGAACAACAUCUGCGACUUCCUGUUGCCUGGCAAGAACCUUCUACUUCAGACGCAGCUGGUCGACCAUGUUGCAAGUGUCAGGCCGAACAUAUUCGUCGGUAGAGUCGAAGGUUCCGCGCUUUAUCAGAAGUGGUACUUCGAAGUCACCGUCGACCACAUCGAGCAAACGACUCACAUGAUGCCUCACUUGAGGAUCGGUUGGGCGAACACUGCAGGAUACAUGCCGUACCCUGGUGGUGGUGAGAAAUGGGGAGGUAACGGUGUUGGCGACGACCUCUACUCGUUCGGUUUCGACGGUGCAUUUUUGUGGACAGGUGGCAGGAAGACCCAAGUGGUCCACAAUGCCACGGAACCGUACAUCAGGAAGAGCGACGUGAUCGGCUGCGCGUUGGACCUGACAGUACCCAUCAUAACGUUCACAUUCAACGGUGCACCCAUCAUGGGAUCCUUCAGGAACUUUAAUCUGGACGGCAUGUUUUUUCCCGCGAUCAGCUGUUCUUCCAAACUGUCCUGCAGAUUCCUCCUAGGCGGCGAUCACGGUCGCCUCAAGUUCCAACCACCCGAAGAAUUCUCGCCCUUGGUGGAGAGUUUGUUGCCUCAUCAGAUUCUGUCCCUGGAUCCGUGCUUCUACUUCGGAAACAUGAACAAAGUGGUCCUGGCGGGACCAUGGCUGGUCGAAGACGACACCGCUUUCGUUCCUGCGCCAGUCGACACGUCCAUGAUCAAUCUACCGUCCUACGUCGAGCAAAUUCGAGACAAACUAGCCGAGAACAUUCACGAGAUGUGGGCAAUGAACAAGAUCGAGGCUGGCUGGAUCUACGGCGAACACAGAGACGAUCUGAGAAAGAUCCAUCCGUGUAUUGUUCAGUUCGAGCGACUGCCAGCUGCGGAGAAACGUUACGACACGCAACUGGCGGUGCAGACGUUGAAGACUAUUUUGGCUCUCGGUUAUUACAUCACCAUGGACAAACCACCGUCUAGGAUCAAGACCUUGAGGUUGCCCAACGAACCGUUUCUGCAGAGCAGCGGAUACAAACCGGCGCCACUCGAUCUCAGCGCCAUCACGCUUACCCCGAAGAUGGAGGAACUGGUAGACCAACUGGCGGAGAACACCCAUAACUUGUGGGCCAAGGAGAGGAUCAGCCAGGGCUGGACUUAUGGAUUGAACGAGGAUUCCGAGAUGAGACGCAGCCCACACUUGGUACCUUAUCCGAAAGUCGACGAAGCCAUCAAGAAAGCUAACCGCGACACGGCCAGUGAGACUGUGAGGACACUUUUGGUUUAUGGAUACAUGCUGGAGCCUCCUACUGGAGAACAACACGAGGCUUUGCUUCUGGAGGCGAGCAGGCUACGACAGUUAUCCUUCAGGACCUACCGCGUUGAGAAGCAUUAUGCAGUCAGCAGUGGUAAAUGGUACUUCGAGUUCGAGGUGCUAACUGCAGGUCCCAUGCGAGUUGGCUGGGCGAAAGCGGAUUGCAUGCCGGGCAGCAUGCUGGGAAGCGACGAGAGCACUUGGGCCUUCGAUGGUUACAAUGAGGAAAAAGUAUACUCGGGCACAGCCGAGACAUUUGGCAAACAAUGGCAGGUUGGAGACGUUGUCGGGGUUUUCCUGGAUCUAAUUGACCGAACGAUUAGCUUUUCUCUGAACGGAGAACUGUUGAUGGAUGCACUCGGUGGUGAAACAUCGUUCGCGGACGUGCAAGGGGAUUGUUUUGUCCCAGCUUUUACGCUUGGGGUCGGGCAAAGGGCAAAACUAACGUUCGGUCAGGACGUGAACACCCUGAAAUUCUUCACAACCUGCGGUUUGCAAGAAGGAUACGAGCCCUUUUGCGUGAACAUGAAUCGACUGGUUACGUAUUGGUACACGAAGGAUCAACCCAUCUUCGAGAACACCGACGACAUGGCUGACACGAGGAUCGAUGUGGCCAGAAUUCCAGCUGGUUCCGACACUCCACCCUGCCUGAAGAUCUCCCACAACACCUUUGAAACCAUGGAAAAAGCAAACUGGGAGUUUCUGCGACUAUCUCUGCCAGUUAUCUGUCAGUCCACCUUCGUGUCCGAGAGCGAGAAGCUGCGAAGAUGGCAAGAAAUCAAGAUGCGACAAAGCAAGCUGUUGUCCGAACAAGUGGAGCAAGCUCAGCAAGCUGCGCCCUCUGCUCACAUGGAGCAGAUCAUGAAGUCUGGUUUCAGCAUGAGCGACAUCAAAGGAUUGCAGAGAAACUAUUCGGAAGAUGCAGUCGAGGCCGACGAAAUGAUGAAAGAAUCGCCGCUUCCCAUGCAAAGGAACAAACCUGCGAGACCACCCAGAAAGGGAUCUGUUUACGGAUCUCGUGGAGGCAAUAUGGAGAACGCGAUCAGCGAGGUAGAUAUGAACGGAUAUGGAGAGAUGAACGGCGACGUCAAAGACGACAAGAAGAAGCGUGGGCGUUCGCCGUUCCGGUUCUUCUCGCGAAAAGCGAAGUCUCCGGAUGCGAAAUCGAAAACGCCCGAACCGCCUGUGCGAUCUGACGUGUCCGACAAGAGCACCAAGACUCUACCGAUGAACAAAGCAAGUAGUCGGCCUCCCCAAGUUCGCAUAUCAAACACGGAUUUGAAGGUGGUGCCACCGCAAAUUCCGGAACGCAACGCGCCAAAGGCUAUGUCGGUUCUCAGCGGAUCCGGGGUUGAGUCGAUUGGAAACGAGAUAUACGACACGGAGUGCUUGAAGCUGAUGAACGAAUACUUCUACGGAGUCAGGAUAUUCCCUGGACAGGAUCCGACGCACGUUUAUGUUGGCUGGGUCACUUCUCAAUACCACUUGCACACCAAGGACUUUAAUUUGUCUCGCGUAAGGAAGGCCUCUGUCGUCAUUACCGACGAUUACGAACGCCCAGUAGAACAGGUCGAUAGACAGAGCUGCUAUAUGGUGAGAGCGGACGAGCUAUACAACGAGGUAACGCAGGAUGCAUCUGGUAAAGGUGCGUCUCAAGGAAUGUUCGUCGGUUGUUUCGUAGACACGGCGACUGGCUGGGUCUCGUUCACCUGCGAGGGCAAGGAGACCAGCCACAAAUUCAGGAUGGAACCAGACACCAAACUAUUCCCCGCCAUCUUCGUGGAAGCCACCAGCAAAGAGAUCCUUCAGAUCGAACUCGGAAGAACCUCCACCACCUUACCGUUAUCCGCUGCGGUCUUACAAAAUUCAGAACGUCACGUUAUUCCGCAAUUUCCGCCUAGAUUGAAGGUGCAAUGUUUGAAGCCUCACCAGUGGGCUAGAGUGCCCAAUCAGUCGCUGCAGGUGCAUGCUUUGAAGCUGUCCGACAUCAGAGGGUGGUCCAUGUUGUGCGAGGACGCCAUAUCCAUGCUGGCUUUGCACAUUCCUGAAGAGGACAGGUGUAUCGAUAUCUUGGAACUUAUUGAAAUGGACAAACUACUCAGCUUCCACGCGCACACUUUGACACUGUACGCAGCCCUGUGCUACCAGUCAAAUUACAGAGCAGCACACGCUCUCUGUCAGCACGUCGACCAGAAACAAUUACUAUACGCAAUUCGAGCGGAAUACAUGUCCGGGCCCCUACGACAAGGAUUCUACGACUUGCUAAUAGCUUUGCAUCUCGAGUCGCACGCGACCACGAUGGAAGUAUGCAAGAACGAAUACAUCAUUCCUUUAGGUCAAGAACUAAAGGACCUGUACGAAGACGAAGAAAUGAGGCACAGCCUCAGGUACCUAGAAACCGAGUCCGUUCGUCCUCAAAUGAAAAUGACGGAUAUCAGGGAAAUUCCUUCUAGCGAUCAGACGAUCGAGAACAUAAGGAGCCUCUACAGUCCCCACUUUCCUUUGGACGUGGUGAGGGAUUACGUGAUGAUGGCUUUGAACGAAGCUGUCGAAGUCAAUCAAGUUCACAAUCGAGAUCCGAUCGGUGGCAGCAACGAAAAUCUCUUCUUGCCACUGUUGAAGCUGGUCGAUAGACUACUCCUGGUGGGAAUGUUGAGGAACGAGGAUAUCAUGAAGCUUCUUAUCAUGAUUCAUCCGGAGACGUGGGAUCCGACGUUUGACAAAGAAGGGAAAGACGAGCACAAGAAGGGAUUACUUCAUAUGAAAAUGGCGGAAGGAGCGAAACUACAGAUGUGUUAUCUUCUUCAUCAUCUGAACGACAUCCAGCUUCGACAUCGCGUGGAAUCGAUCAUCGCCUUCAGCCACGACUUCGUCGGUGAUUUGCAGUCCGAUCAACUUCGUCGGUACAUAGAAAUCAAACAGUCUGACCUGCCAUCGGCUGUGGCAGCGAAGAAGACCAGAGAGUUCAGGUGUCCACCUCGGGAGCAGAUGAACGCGAUUUUGAGCUUCAAGAACAUGGAAGCCGCAGAUGAUCCAGAGAACAUCCCUUGCGGAGAAGAUCUGAUAAACAGAAUGAACGAGUUCCACAACAAUCUUAUGUCCUAUGUGUCUUUGCACGCUCUUCAGGAAGCUGCCGAUGCCGAGAACGAACCUGUGGAGGAAGUUCAGAAACCUGGUGCCAUGAAGAGGCUGUUCAACUUCAUCAACGCGGUGAAAGAACUGGAAGAGGAACCCAAACCAGAACCUGAACCGCAGAGAAAGACUCCAGAAGAGGUAUUCCGCAAGGUCCUCAUAAAAACCAUCGUCAGCUGGGCCGAAGAGUCGCAGAUCGAAACGCCAAAGUUGGUUCGAGAGAUGUUCAGCCUUCUAGUUCGUCAGUACGACACCGUUGGCGAACUAAUUCGAGCUCUGGAGAAGACCUACGUGAUCAACAGCAAGACCAAGGACGACGUCGCCCUCAUGUGGGUCGGACUCAGCCAGAUCCGUGCCUUACUGCCUGUGCAGAUGUCCCAAGAAGAGGAGGAACUGGUCAGAGAAAGACUCUGGAAGCUCGUGAACAAUCACACGUUCUUCCAGCAUCCGGACUUGAUCAGAGUACUCAGGAUCCACGAGAACGUGAUGGCAAUUAUGAUGAACACGCUAGGCAGACGCGCGCAGGCGCAAUCCGACGCUCAAACUCAGCCCCAAACCACCGAAGGCGAACCAGCAUCCAAAGAGAAGGACACCUCUCACGAGAUGGUCGUAGCCUGUUGUAGAUUCUUGUGUUACUUCUGUCGUACAUCCAGACAGAAUCAGAAGGCUAUGUUCGAUCACUUCGACUUCCUGCUGGAGAACAGUAACAUCCUACUGUCGAGGCCAUCUUUGAGAGGCUCGACGCCUCUGGACGUGGCUUAUUCGUCUCUCAUGGAGAACACGGAGCUAGCUCUGGCUCUCAGAGAACAUUAUCUCGAAAAGAUUGCGAUUUAUCUCUCUCGUUGCGGUUUGCAGUCGAACUCCGAAUUGGUGGAGAAAGGUUAUCCUGACCUGGGAUGGGACCCGGUGGAGGGUGAACGAUACUUGGACUUCUUGAGAUUCUGCGUUUGGGUGAACGGCGAAAGUGUCGAGGAGAAUGCUAACUUGGUGAUAAGAUUGCUGAUCAGAAGACCUGAGUGUCUGGGACCCGCGCUUCGAGGAGAAGGUGAAGGAUUAUUGAGAGCGAUUAUAGAUGCCAACAAGAUGUCCGAACGCAUUGCUGACCGACGACAAGUGCACGACGAAGCCGAGGGUACAGCGAGCGUGAUGCAGUUCGAGCAUCCCCUUCCGGAAUCAGACGACGACGAGGACUACAUAGACACUGGAGCUGCGAUCUUGAACUUCUAUUGCACCCUGGUAGAUCUGCUAGGUCGUUGCGCUCCAGAUUCUUCCGUCAUCGAGCAAGAGGCUUCUACAGAAUCCGUUGGGAAGAACGAGUCUCUGCGAGCGAGGGCCAUUCUACGAUCCCUGGUACCAUUGGAUGAUCUGCAGGGUGUGUUGUCCUUAAGAUUCACUCUGUUGAAUCCAGCAGCUGGAGAAGAGAAACCGAAGAGCGACAUGCCAUCCGGUUUGAUCCCGGGACACAAACAGAGCGUCGUGCUGUUUCUGGAACGCGUUUAUGGCAUCGAAACGAGGGAGCUUUUCUUCAAGAUACUCGAGGAAGCCUUCUUGCCUGAUCUUAGAGCUGCCACGAUGCUCGACAGAAACGAUGGCUACGAGUCUGACAUGGCACUGGCGAUGAAUCGCUACAUCGGGAACAGUAUCCUACCUCUACUGAUCAAGCAUUCCAAGUUCUACAACGAGGCAGACAACUAUGCCAGUCUGCUCGACGCCACGCUGCACACUGUCUACAGAUUGAGCAAGAACAGAAUGCUGACGAAAGGUCAACGUGAAGCCGUGUCGGACUUCCUCGUGGCAUUGACCAGCCAAAUGCAACCCAGCAUGCUGUUAAAACUGCUCCGCAAACUGACCGUAGACGUGUCCAAGCUGUCCGAAUAUACGACCGUCGCUCUCAGGCUGUUGACUCUGCACUACGACCGAUGCGCGAAAUAUUACGGAUCAACCGGUGGACAAGGCGCCUACGGAGCCUCAAGCGACGAAGAGAAACGUUUAACUAUGGUGCUCUUCAGCAACAUAUUCGAUUCUCUGUCCAAGAUGGACUACGAUCCAGAACUGUUCGGAAAAGCCUUGCCUUGCCUCACGGCCAUUGGUUGCGCUUUACCACCUGAUUAUUCGUUGUCGAAGAACUACGACGACGAAUGGUACGGUAGUAAAUCUGCAUCCACUCAGUCGCCGGACGGUCCUUACAACCCUCAACCCAUCAACACCUCUAGCGUGGUACUGAACAACGAUCUGAAUCAGAUAGUGCAAAAGUUCUCGGAGCAUUACCACGACGCUUGGGCCAGUCGCAAGCAAGAGAACGGUUGGACUUUUGGUGAACAGUGGUCCGAAGUGAACAAGACCCAUCCCAGACUGAAACCUUAUAAUAUGUUAAACGAUUACGAGAGAGAACGCUACAAAGAGCCGGUCAGAGAGAGCUUGAAAGCUCUGUUAGCCAUAGGCUGGAGCGUCGAGCACGCGGAAGUGGAUGUGCCUUCUACGAAUCGUAGUUCUAUGAGAAGAUCAUCGAAAAGUCAGGGUGAUUCGGGAAAUCCGUUCAACUACAAUCCUCAUCCGGUGGACAUGACCAACCUGACGCUCAGCAGAGAAAUGCAGAACAUGGCCGAACGUCUGGCGGACAAUGCACACGACAUCUGGGCGAAGAAGAAGAAGGAAGAGUUGAUUACUUGCGGAGGCGGUAUUCAUCCACAAUUGGUGCCAUACGAUUUGCUGACCGACAAGGAGAAACGGAAAGACCGCGAACGUUCCCAGGAAUUCCUCAAGUAUCUACAGUACCAGGGUUACAAGCUCCACAAGCCGAAUCGAGGAGGAGAGUCCGAAGUUGCCACGGCUGGAGCCUCGGUGGAAUUGCGAUUCGCCUACUCGUUGCUGGAGAAGCUGAUAGCGUACUUGGACAAGGCUACCAUCAACAUGAAGCUGUUGAAGCCGUCCGACACGUUCAGCCGAAGAAACAGCUUCAAGACAUCGACGCGGGAUAUCAAAUUCUUCAGCAAGGUUGUGCUACCGUUAAUGGAGAAGUACUUCAGCACGCACAGGAACUAUUUCAUCGCUGUAGCCACAGCCACGAACAACAUUGGGGCUGCAUCGUUGAAGGAGAAGGAAAUGGUGGCAGCUCUCUUCUGCAAGUUGGCUAGUCUUCUGAGAUCCAGGCUGGCCGCUUUCGGACCAGACGUCAGGAUCACCGUGCGUUGUCUUCAAGUACUCGUUAAAGGCAUAGACGCGAAGAGCUUGGUGAAGAAUUGCCCCGAGUUCAUCAGGACUUCCAUGUUGACCUUCUUCAAUAACACCGCGGACGAUCUGGGUCAUACGAUUCUGAAUCUUCAGGAGGGAAAGUAUAGUCAUUUGAGGGGCACACAUUUGAAAACCUCGACGUCGUUGUCGUACAUCAACAGCGUCGUUCUGCCGGUACUCACGGCCAUGUUCGAUCAUCUGGCUGCGUGCGAGUAUGGCAGCGACUUGUUACUGGAUGAAAUUCAAGUGGCGUCCUACAAAAUGCUGGCGUCUCUCUACACUCUCGGUGUGGAUUCCACUUUGACACACGACAGGAAGUACUUGAAGACGGAGAUAGAACGUCACAAGCCUAACCUAGGCUCCUGUCUGGGUGCCUUCUCCAGUUGCUUCCCAGUAGCCUUCCUAGAGCCCCACCUGAACAAACACAAUCAAUUUUCUCUCUUAAAUCGAAUCGCUGACCAUUCCUUAGAAGCGCAGGACAUCAUGACGAAGAUGGAGUCGAGCAUGCCAACCCUGGAGACGAUCCUAACAGAAGUCGAUCAGUUCGUGGAAUCCGAAAAGACCUACAACGAUCUUCCUCACGUUGUCGAUGUAAUUCUUCCUCUGCUCUGCUCCUACUUGCCCUUCUGGUGGGCUCAAGGGCCGGACAACGUAAACCCAACGGAAGGAACGUACGUCAGCAUGGUCACCAGCGAUCACAUGAAUCAGCUCCUGAAGAACGUUCUGAAGUUAAUCAAGAAGAACAUCGGUAACGAAAAUGCUCCCUGGAUGACGCGCAUCGCAGCCUACACCCAGCAGAUCAUUAUCAACUCCUCGGAGGAAUUGCUGAAAGAUCCCUUCUUGCCGCUCGCCGAGCGAGUUAGAAAGCGCACGGAUAACAUGUUCCACAAAGAAGAGUCUCUUCGUGGUUUCAUCAAAUCAUCCACUGAUGACACGUCGCAAGUCGAGGCGCAGAUACAAGAGGACUGGCAACUUCUGGUUCGCGAUAUCUACUCGUUUUACCCCCUGCUGAUCAAGUACGUUGAUCUGCAGAGGAAUCACUGGCUACGAAACAACAUUCCGGAAGCGGAGGAUCUUUACAACCACGUGGCUGCGAUAUUCAACAUCUGGUCCAAGUCACAGUACUUCCUGCGCGAGGAACAGAACUUCAUAUCGGCGAACGAGAUCGAUAAUAUGGUGCUGAUCAUGCCCACUGCGACCAGGAGACCUACCACUAUUUCGGAUGGAACGGCGCCUUCCGGAGGUGGCAAGAAAAAGAAGAAACAUCGCGACAAAAAGAGGGACAAGGACAAAGAAGUUCAGGCAUCCUUGAUGGUAGCCUGUCUGAAGAGAUUGCUACCGGUCGGUCUGAACUUGUUCGCUGGUCGUGAACAGGAACUGGUGCAACAUUGCAAGGACAGGUUCCUGAAGAAGAUGCCGGAGUACGAGAUCUCUGAAUUUGCCAAAACCCAGUUAACCCUGCCAGACAAGAUCGACCCAGCCGAUGAAAUGUCCUGGCAGCAUUAUCUGUACUCCAAGUUAGGUCAGAAGAAGGAUUCGAUGGAACCGGUGAAGGCGCAGCAGUUAGAGGACGUCGUUGCUAGGAUCACCGACAUGGCUAAAGUUCUUUACGGUUUACAUAUGAUAGAUCAUCCGCAACAGCAGAGCAAGGGUCAAUAUCGAUCAGUGGUGUCGAUACAACGUAAACGAGCGGUGAUCGCUUGUUUCCGUCAAACUUCCCUACAUUCCCUGCCCAGGCAUCGGGCUAUAAACAUCUUUGCACGGACGUACUACGAGCUGUGGUUGCAGGAUGAGAAUGUCGGUCAGGAAGUGAUGAUUGAAGACCUUACGCAAUCUUUCGAGGACGCGGAAUUGAAGAAAAUGGACAAAGACGAGGACGAGGGAAAACCAGAUCCCUUAACGCAACUUGUAACGACGUUCUGUCGCGGUGCCAUGACAGAACGAUCUGGUGCUCUUCAGGAAGAUCCGUUGUACAUGAGCUACGCGCGAAUUAUAUCGAAAUCUUGUGGAGAAGAGGAGGAAGAAGGCGAGGACGAGGGCGGAGGCGGGGAGGAAGAAGGUGGUGCCUCGAUCCACCGACCGAUGCACAAACUGAUGGAACAAGAAAUGGAAAAGCAAAAGCUCCUCUUCCACCAAGCUCGUCUCGCUAAUCGAGGUGUGGCCGAGAUGGUACUGCUUCAUAUAUCAGCCUGCAAAGGUCUUCCGAGCGAAAUGGUGAUGAAAACCUUGGAGCUGGGUAUCUCCAUCCUGCGCGGUGGUAACAUAGAGAUACAACGCGGGAUGCUGAACCACCUGAAGGAGAAGAAGGACGUAGGUUUCUUCACCUCGAUCGCUGGUCUGAUGAAUUCUUGCAGCGUGCUGGACUUGGACGCGUUCGAGAGGAACACGAAAGCGGAAGGUCUCGGAGUCGGUUCCGAGGGUGCUGCCGGGGAGAAGAAUAUGCACGACGCCGAGUUCACCUGUGCACUCUUCCGAUUCAUACAACUGACUUGCGAGGGUCACAAUCUCGACUGGCAAAAUUAUCUGAGAACUCAAGCUGGUAACACGACGACGGUGAACGUGGUCAUCUGCACGGUCGAUUACCUCUUGAGACUUCAAGAAUCCAUCAUGGACUUCUACUGGCACUACUCCAGCAAAGAACUUAUCGAUCCAGCCGGAAAGGCGAAUUUCUUCAAAGCGAUCGGCGUUGCCAGUCAGGUGUUCAACACCUUGACUGAAGUAAUUCAAGGUCCCUGCGCGCAGAAUCAACAGGCGUUAGCUCAUUCUCGAUUGUGGGACGCGGUCGGUGGAUUCCUCUUCUUGUUCUCUCAUAUGCAAGAUAAGCUAUCGAAACAUUCGAGCCAAGUGGAUCUCUUGAAGGAAUUACUGAAUCUGCAGAAAGACAUGAUCACUAUGAUGCUCUCCAUGCUUGAAGGAAACGUCGUGAACGGAACGAUCGGAAAACAGAUGGUGGACACGCUAGUAGAAUCUGCGAGCAACGUGGAGCUGAUUCUGAAGUACUUCGAUAUGUUCUUGAAGCUGAAGGACCUCGUAUCUUCGCCCAGUUUCCUGGAAGUGGAUCUGAACAGCGAUGGCUGGGUGUACCCGAAAGAUUUCAAGGAAAAGAUGGAACAACAGAAGAGUUACACCGACGAGGAGAUCGAGUUCCUGCUGGCUUGUUGCGAGACGAACCACGACGGCAAGAUCGACUACGUCGCGUUCAUGGACCGUUUCCACGAGCCUGCGAAAGAAAUCGGCUUCAAUCUCGCCGUGUUGCUCACCAAUCUGUCUGAGCACAUGCCAAACGAACCCAGGCUGGCCAGGUUCCUCGAGACGGCUGGCUCCGUGUUGAACUACUUCGAGCCGUUCCUCGGCAGGAUCGAGAUCCUCGGCGGCAACAAGAAGAUCGAAAGAGUGUACUUCGAGAUCAAGGAGUCGAACAUCGAGCAGUGGGAAAAGCCGCAGAUCAAGGAGUCGAAGAGGACGUACUUCUACAACACCGUGGUCGAGGCAGGCGAGAAGGAGAAAUUGGAGACGUUCAUCAACUUCUGCGAGGACGCCAUCUUUGAGAUGCAGCACGCUAGCGCGCUGAUGGCUGUCGAAGAAAGCGGUGGAAUUGGGAAGGCGAGGGAGUCUUCUUACACGUACAUGACGGAAGACGACGAAGAGAGGAACAAGGAUCCUAUCAGGAGAGGCAUUCAGACAUUCAAGGACGGUAUUUACUUCUUCUUCUCCAUAUUCUCGCCGAGCAACAUCAAGAACAAGAUCGCGGAGAUGCAGCAGAUGACCUUCUUGGAACUCUUCAUCGGUUUCUUCAAGAUGAUAUUCUACGCGUUCUACUAUUCCGGAUUCGGGGUUGGUUGCGUGAUCAGGUACUUCAUGAGAUUGUUACUGGCGCUGAUGAAGGGACCGCACGUGGAAGAGCCUGUUGUCGAAGUGAAGGAAGAGGAGGAGAAACCGUCGAGACAUUUGCCUGCUUUGCCACCGACGCCGGAUGAAUCUAAUCUACAGGUACAAGCCUUCGGAAUGGAUAUAACAAAAGAAGAAGGUGGUCAGAUAAAGAUAGCGCCUCACGAGUCGGCAACUUCGACGCCUCAAUCGAGCAUCGAGGAAACCGGCGAGAGUACACCGGAAGAGGCUACUGGCGAGGACGGUGCAAGGGCUGAAGGCGGCGACUCGGAAACCCCCGUUUCCUUGGCUGACUUAUUAGGCGGUGAACAAGCAAGAGCUCAGGCAGCAGCCGCAGCGGAAGCAGCAGCCGCUCAACAGGCAGCUAUGGCAGCGGUCGAAGCAGAAGCCAAACAGGAAACAACGGCAGAACCAUCCGGCUCUUCCAUCGAUUUCUCUGAAUACACUCACCGAGUUGUAUCGUUCUUGGCAAGGAAUUUCUAUAACCUGAAAUACGUGGCUCUGGUUCUCGCUUUCUGUAUCAAUUUCAUGUUGCUGUUCUACAAGGUUUCUUCUUUGGCCGGCGACGGGGACGAGGAGGGCAGUGGUCAAGUUAUAGCAGAUAUUCUGGCAGACAUGUCUGGCGAGGGUCCAUCCGGUUCUGGAAGUGGUGGUGGAGUGGAAUUGGGAAGCGGUAGCGGUGAAAACGAGUCCGAAGAAGAGGAAGACGAGUACGCGUUGGAAUACGUCGAGGUCGCAGAGGAUUUCUAUUACAUGGCACACGUUAUGAGGCUCAUGGCUGUUCUCCAUUCGAUCGUUUCUCUCGCUAUGCUGGUUGCUUACUAUCAUUUGAAGGUACCGUUGGCGAUCUUCAAACGAGAAAAGGAAAUCGCGAGGAGGGUGGAAUUCGACGGGCUGUACAUUGCCGAGACGCCGGAAGAAGACGACAUCAAGGCUCACUGGGAUAAGAUGGUGAUAUCGGCGAAAACAUUCCCCGUGAAUUAUUGGGACAAAUUCGUCAAAAAGAAAGUGAGGCAGAAGUACAGCGAGACGUACGACUUCGAUUAUAUCAGCAAUUUACUGGGCAUGGAGAAGACUUCGUUCAGCCAGCAAGAGGAAGAGGGUUCUGGUUUGAUACACUUCAUCGUAAACAUCGACUGGAGGUACCAAGUUUGGAAAGCUGGAGUCACCAUCACCGACAACGCAUUUUUGUACAGUUUAUGGUACUUCAUAUUCUCGAUCCUCGGCAACUACAACAACUUCUUCUUCGCCGCUCACUUGCUGGACGUUGCAGUUGGUUUCAAAACGCUUCGAACGAUCUUGCAGUCCGUCACGCACAACGGCAAACAGCUGGUGUUGACGGUGAUGCUGUUGACGAUCGUGGUGUACAUAUAUACGGUGAUAGCCUUCAACUUCUUCAGGAAGUUUUACAUUCAAGAAGAGGAUGACGAGGUCGACAAAAAGUGUCAUGACAUGUUAACGUGCUUCGUGUUUCAUCUGUACAAAGGUGUCAGAGCUGGUGGAGGUAUCGGUGACGAAAUUGGUGAACCUGACGGUGACGAUUACGAGGUUUAUCGUAUCAUGUUCGACAUCACAUUCUUCUUCUUCGUCAUCGUCAUUCUAUUGGCUAUUAUUCAAGGUUUGAUCAUCGAUGCGUUCGGUGAACUUCGAGACCAGCUGGAGAACGUGAAGACGAAUAUGGAGAGCAAUUGUUUCAUCUGCGGUUUAGGAAAAGAAUACUUCGACACGGUACCUCACGGAUUCGAUACUCACGUUCAGCAGGAACAUAAUCUUGCUAAUUACAUGUUCUUCCUGAUGCACUUAAUCAACAAACCAGACACCGAAUACACCGGUCAAGAAACGUACGUGUGGAACAUGUACCAGCAAAGGUGUUGGGACUUCUUCCCAGUCGGUGACUGCUUCCGCAAGCAGAACGAGGCGGUAGAAGAAGAGGCCAAGAAGAAAUAAAAAUUUUUUCAAUCGUUUUACAUGUACCUAGAUGACCAAUCGAUCAUUACCAAGGAAACUCUUCCUUUCCUCGAACCUCUUCGAUAAUCGUAGUUUCCGAUUUCUACGCGCAAUGAGGAGUACAUUAAGAACAUUCGACAAUUUUUGCAGAUUAAAUCGUUAGAAAAUGAACGUUAUCGCUCGUCCAUCGAUAGACACGAAACUAGAGAACGCGUGUGUGUAUCUUUUACAUUCGACGUUUAUUAUUACUGUCAUUAUUAUUAUUAUUAUUAUUCCAAGUUUUAAGACGCGAGGUUUUUCACGACAAGGAAUCGCGCUAAUCGCGAGCUUUCCAGCGCGAGCAAACAAGCCGAGAGACUGGCGAGAUAUUUUUCCAACCUAUUUUUCCAACUUUUUAAGGGUGGCUGGAUAUCGUGUAAUCGAUAGUUUCCUCCUUGUAAUAGAAUCUAAUCGCAAAAGUGUUGUUAAUCGUUGACAAUGGAAACCGACUGCACAAAUCUACAUUAUCAUAAACGUUACGAUUGCCUUCUUUUCAUACGUCGUGUGACCACAUUUGCGCGUAAAUUAUUUAACUGAUUAACGUAAUGUUUGAGAUAUGCAAGAUAUUUAAUAAGUUGAUGAUGUUUGAAGUUUAUAUGAAUCAUCGAGUUCUCGGCGAGAACUUUUUAAAGAUCAUUGACGACUGAAAUCGCGAUAUAAUCAAACAUGUCAAUACAUUGUAAAUAACGAUUCUACGAGAAGAUUACCUGAGAAUAAAGAAAGACAUACUUC